AUGUCUUCUCUACCGCGCCCUGUGACGACACUGUUCGUGUCUGAGAAGCUUGUUUACCGCAGCGUGCAAAUUGAAGACAAGGACACCUUCUAUGCAAUCAUUAGCGAGCCUGGGUGCAUGGAGCUUGAAGAAUACCGCGGCAAGGGCUACGGUGCUGAAGCUACAAAGUGGGCUGUCGACUGGGCUUUCAAUUAUACGGGAGUGCAUCGCAUUGAGCUAUGGUCGUUCAGCUACAAUGAGACAGCAAUAAGGCUUUGGGAAAAGAUUGGGUUCAAGUUGGAAGGCCGGAAGCGUGAAAGUGUGUGGUUUCAGCGCAAGUGGUUUGAUACUGUCCUUUACUCUAUCCUUGAGCACGAAUGGGAGGGGAAAUGA